UGUCUGGGAUUCUUUUCAAUGGAGAUGAUGACCAUGUUCAAAGUUUCAAUGACUUGACCAGUCCAAUGACUCAACAAGAAACGCAGUAUAGUCCAGAAGAGGUGCAAGUUGUUGGUACUCGUGGUAACAGGGGAACCAAGAGGUCUAAAAAUUUUAGUGUUGAGGAAGACGAACUUAUUUGCGAAGGAUGGUUGAUUGCUAGCAAAGAUCCUAUCCACGGGGCCAAUCAAAACCGUACUGGAUUUUGGGGUAAGGUUCGUGCUUACUUUGAGACCCACAAUAAACAGACAACUCCAAGGACAGAGAGUUCACUUCUGCAUAGAUGGCUCACAAUUCAGACUGUAGUGAACAAGUUUUGUUCAUGUUAUGAAGCGAUUGAUCGUAGAAAUCAAAGUGGUACAACUAUACAAGACAAGAUUGCAAGUGCCCUCAAGAUGUUCUCAGGGGUAGAAACCAAGGAGGGCAAGAAAUGCAGUGUUGUGUCUUGUUGGAACAUACUUAAGGAGGAGGACAAGUGGAAAGCCAAGAGGAUUGAACUUCUACAGUUGGAGAAAGAAGCAUCAGCUGGAAACAAGUCCAAAAAAAAAUCUGCGAAAGUGUCUCGACCAAGAGAAGAGGAAGGAACCAACAAUGCACAUGACAAUGAGGCCACCGAUGAUGGUGGUGCUGCUGCAGAGACCGGAGCAAGGAAAAGGAGCGAAGGAGUGAAGAAGGCUAAAGCAAACCUCAGGUUUAGGGGUGCCGAAGCUUGUAAAGAGGCUAUUGACAGCAUGUGGGCUAAGAAAGAGGUGGCCGAUAAUGAGAAGGAGAAGGCAAAGAAUGAAAGGUUUAUGCUAUCACAUGAGCUAGACAAGCAAUCUCUGGAGCUAGAGAAGAAAAGAGCUGAAUCGGAGGACAAAAGAGCUGAAGCCGAGUUGGUGAAACAAGAGAAAGAAAUUAUGCUUGCAGACAUGACCUCCCUCAACACGCUUCAGCGUGAAUGGCUUGACAUUAUGCAGAAGGACAUUGUCGCUAGGCGCCGUGGAAAUUAAAUCUACUUCACGUCAUUUGAGCUUAAAUAUUUAGUUUUUGAAAAGUUCAUUCAGUAGAACCUUUGUUUA